AGAUGCGAUCCAGCGGCUCUGGGAGCGGCAGCGGCGGUAGCAGCUGGUACCUCCCGCCGCCUCUGUUCGGAGGGUCGUGGGGCACCGAGGUGCUUUCCGGCCAACCUCUGGCCAGCCACCCAAAGCCGCGGGAGCUGAUGAUGGGUGAGGAGGGGGCGGCAAGAUUUCGGGCGCCCCUGCCCUGAACGCCCUCAGCUGCUGCCGCCGGGGCCGCUCCAGUGCCUACGAACUCUGAGGAGCCGAGGCGCGGGUGAGAGCAAGGACGCUGCAAACUUGUGCAGCGCGGGGGCUGGGAUUCACGCCCAGAAGUUCAGCAGGCAGACAGUCCGAAGCCUUCGCGCAGCGGAGAGAUAGCUUGAGGGUGCGCAAGACGGCAGCCUCCGCCCUCGGUUCCCGCCCAGACCGGGCAGAGGAGCUUGGAGGAGCCAAAAGGAACGCAGGAGGCGGCCAGGACAGCGUGCAGCAGCUGGGAGCCGCCGUUCUCAGCCUUAAAAGUUGCGGAGAUUGGAGGCUGCCCCGAGAGGGGACAGACCCCAGCUCCGACUGCGGGGGGCAGGAGAGGACGGUACCCAACUGUCACCUCCCUUCAACCAUAGUAGUUCCUCUGUACCGAGCGCAGCGAGCUACAGACGGGAGCGCAGCACUCGGCGCGGAGAGCGGGAGGCUCAAGGUCCCAGCCAGUGAGCCCAGUGUGCUUGAGUGUCUCUGGACUCGCCCCUGAGCUUCCAGGUCUGUUUCAUUUAGACUCCUGCUCGCCUCCGUGCAGUUGGGGGAAAGCAAGAGACUUGCGCGCACGCACAGUCCUCUGGAGAUCAGGUGGAAGGAGCCGUUGGGUACCAAGGACUGUUCAGAGCCUCUUCCCAUCUGGGGGAGAGCGAAGGGUGAGGCUGGGCCCGGAGAGCAGUGUAAACGGCCUCCUCCGGCGGGAUGGGAGCCAUCGGGCUCCUGUGGCUGCUGCCGCUGCUGCUUUCCACGGCAGCUGUGGGCUCCGGGAUGGGGACCGGCCAGCGCGCGGGCUCCCCAGCUGCGGGGCCGGCGCUGCAGCCCCGGGAGCCACUCAGCUAUUCGCGCCUGCAGAGGAAGAGUCUGGCAGUUGACUUCGUGGUGCCCUCGCUCUUCCGUGUCUACGCCCGGGACCUACUGCUGCCACCAUCCUCCUCGGAGCUGAAGGCUGGCAGGCCCGAGGCGCGCGGCUCGCUCGCUCUGGACUGCGCCCCGCUGAUCAGGUUGCUGGGGCCGGCGCCGGGGGUCUCCUGGACCGCCGGUUCACCAGCCCCGGCAGAGGCCCGGACGCUGUCCAGGGUGCUGAAGGGCGGCUCCGUGCGCAAGCUCCGGCGUGCCAAGCAGUUGGUGCUGGAGCUGGGCGAGGAGGCGAUCUUGGAGGGUUGCGUCGGGCCCCCCGGGGAGGCGGCUGUGGGGCUGCUCCAGUUCAAUCUCAGCGAGCUGUUCAGUUGGUGGAUUCGCCAAGGCGAAGGGCGACUGAGGAUCCGCCUGAUGCCCGAGAAGAAGGCGUCGGAAGUGGGCAGAGAGGGAAGGCUGUCCGCGGCAAUUCGCGCCUCCCAGCCCCGCCUUCUCUUCCAGAUCUUCGGGACUGGUCAUAGCUCCUUGGAAUCACCAACAAACAUGCCUUCUCCUUCUCCUGAUUAUUUUACAUGGAAUCUCACCUGGAUAAUGAAAGACUCCUUCCCUUUCCUGUCUCAUCGCAGCCGAUAUGGUCUGGAGUGCAGCUUUGACUUCCCCUGUGAGCUGGAAUAUUCCCCUCCACUGCAUGACCUCAGGAACCAGAGCUGGUCCUGGCGCCGCGUCCCCUCCGAGGAGGCCUCCCAGAUGGACUUGCUGGAUGGGCCUGGGGCAGAGCGUACUAAGGAGAUGCCCAGAGGCUCCUUUCUCCUUCUCAACACCUCAGCUGACUCCAAGCACACCAUCCUGAGUCCGUGGAUGAGGAGCAGCAGUGAGCACUGCACACUGGCCGUCUCGGUGCACAGGCACCUGCAGCCCUCUGGAAGGUAUAUCGCCCAGCUGCUGCCCCACAACGAGGCUGCAAGAGAGAUCCUCCUGAUGCCCACUCCAGGGAAGCAUGGUUGGACAGUGCUCCAGGGAAGAAUCGGGCGCCCAGACAACCCGUUUCGAGUGGCCCUGGAAUACGUCUCCAGUGGAAACCGCAGCUUGUCUGCAGUGGACUUCUUUGCCCUGAAGAACUGCAGUGAAGGAACAUCCCCAGGCUCCAAGAUGGCCCUGCAGAGCUCCUUCACUUGUUGGAAUGGGACAGUCCUCCAGCUUGGGCAGGCCUGUGACUUCCACCAGGACUGUGCCCAGGGAGAAGAUGAGAGCCAGAUGUGCCGGAAACUGCCUGUGGGUUUUUACUGCAACUUUGAAGAUGGCUUCUGUGGCUGGACCCAAGGCACACUGUCACCCCACACUCCUCAGUGGCAGGUCAGGACCAUAAAGGAUGCCCGGUUCCAGGACCACCAAGACCAUGCUCUAUUGCUCAGUACCACUGAUGUCCCCGCUUCUGAAAGUGCUACAGUGACCAGUGCUACCUUUCCUGCACCGAUCAAGAGCUCUCCAUGUGAGCUCCGAAUGUCCUGGCUCAUUCGUGGAGUCUUGAGGGGAAACGUGUCCUUGGUGCUAGUGGAGAACAAAACCGGGAAGGAGCAAGGCAGGAUGGUCUGGCAUGUCGCCGCCUAUGAAGGCUUGAGCCUGUGGCAGUGGACGGUGUUGCCUCUCCUCGAUGUGUCUGACAGGUUCUGGCUGCGGAUGGUCGCAUGGUGGGGACAAGGAUCCAGAGCCAUCGUGGCUUUUGACAAUAUCUCCAUCAGCCUGGACUGCUACCUCACCAUUAGUGGAGAGGACAAGAUCCCGCAGAAUACAGCACCCAAAUCAAGAAACCUGUUUGAGAGAAACCCAAACAAGGAGCUGAAACCCGGGGAAAAUUCACCAAGACAGACCCCCAUCUUUGACCCUACAGUUCAUUGGCUGUUCACCACCUGUGGGGCCAGCGGGCCCCAUGGCCCCACCCAGGCACAGUGCAACAACGCCUACCAGAACUCCAACCUGAGCGUGGAGGUGGGGAGCGAGGGCCCCCUGAAAGGCAUCCAGAUCUGGAAGGUGCCAGCCACUCACACCUACAGCAUCUCGGGCUACGGGGCUGCUGGCGGGAAAGGCGGGAAGAACACCAUGAUGCGGUCCCACGGCGUGUCUGUGCUGGGCAUCUUCAACCUGGAGAAGGAUGACAUGCUGUACAUCCUGGUUGGGCAGCAGGGAGAGGACGCCUGCCCCAGUACAAACCAGUUAAUCCAGAAAGUCUGCAUUGGAGAGAACAAUGUGAUAGAAGAAGAAAUCCGUGUGAACAGAAGCGUGCAUGAGUGGGCAGGAGGCGGAGGAGGAGGGGGUGGAGCCACCUACGUAUUUAAGAUGAAGGAUGGAGUGCCGGUGCCCCUGAUCAUUGCAGCCGGAGGUGGCGGCAGGGCCUACGGGGCCAAGACAGACACGUUCCACCCAGAGAGACUGGAGAAUAACUCCUCGGUUCUAGGGCUAAACGGCAAUUCCGGAGCCGCAGGUGGUGGAGGUGGCUGGAAUGAUAACACUUCCUUGCUCUGGGCCGGAAAAUCUUUGCAGGAGGGUGCCACCGGAGGACAUUCCUGCCCCCAGGCCAUGAAGAAGUGGGGGUGGGAGACAAGAGGGGGUUUCGGAGGGGGUGGAGGGGGGUGCUCCUCAGGUGGAGGAGGCGGAGGAUAUAUAGGCGGCAAUGCAGCCUCAAACAAUGACCCCGAAAUGGAUGGGGAAGAUGGGGUUUCCUUCAUCAGUCCACUGGGCAUCCUGUACACCCCAGCUUUAAAAGUGAUGGAAGGCCACGGGGAAGUGAAUAUUAAGCAUUAUCUAAACUGCAGUCACUGUGAGGUAGAUGAAUGUCACAUGGACCCUGAAAGCCACAAGGUCAUCUGCUUCUGUGACCACGGGACGGUGCUGGCUGAGGAUGGCGUCUCCUGCAUUGUGUCACCCACCCCGGAGCCACACCUGCCACUCUCGCUGAUCCUCUCUGUGGUGACCUCUGCCCUCGUGGCCGCCCUGGUCCUGGCUUUCUCCGGCAUCAUGAUUGUGUACCGCCGGAAGCACCAGGAGCUGCAAGCCAUGCAGAUGGAGCUGCAGAGCCCUGAGUACAAGCUGAGCAAGCUCCGCACUUCGACCAUCAUGACCGACUACAACCCCAACUACUGCUUUGCUGGCAAGACCUCCUCCAUCAGCGACCUGAAGGAGGUGCCACGGAAAAACAUCACCCUCAUUCGGGGUCUGGGCCAUGGCGCCUUUGGGGAGGUGUACGAAGGCCAGGUGUCCGGAAUGCCCAAUGACCCAAGCCCCCUGCAAGUGGCUGUGAAGACGCUGCCUGAAGUGUGCUCUGAACAGGACGAACUGGAUUUCCUCAUGGAAGCCCUGAUCAUCAGCAAAUUCAACCACCAGAACAUCGUUCGCUGCAUCGGGGUAAGCCUGCAAGCCCUGCCCCGGUUCAUCCUGCUGGAGCUCAUGGCCGGGGGAGACCUCAAGUCCUUCCUCCGAGAGACCCGCCCUCGCCCGAGCCAGCCCUCCUCCCUGGCCAUGCUGGACCUCCUGCACGUGGCUCGGGACAUUGCCUGCGGCUGUCAGUAUUUGGAGGAAAACCACUUCAUCCACCGAGACAUUGCUGCCAGAAACUGCCUCUUGACCUGUCCAGGCCCUGGAAGAGUGGCCAAGAUUGGAGACUUCGGGAUGGCCCGAGACAUCUACAGGGCGAGCUACUAUAGAAAGGGAGGCUGUGCCAUGCUGCCAGUUAAGUGGAUGCCCCCAGAGGCCUUCAUGGAAGGAAUAUUCACUUCUAAAACAGACACAUGGUCCUUUGGAGUGCUGCUAUGGGAAAUCUUUUCUCUCGGAUAUAUGCCAUACCCCAGCAAAAGCAACCAGGAAGUUCUGGAGUUUGUCACCAGUGGAGGCCGGAUGGACCCACCCAAGAACUGCCCUGGGCCUGUAUACCGGAUAAUGACUCAGUGCUGGCAACAUCAGCCUGAAGACAGGCCCAACUUUGCCAUCAUUUUGGAGAGGAUUGGAUACUGCACCCAGGACCCGGAUGUAAUCAACACCGCUUUGCCGAUAGAAUAUGGUCCACUUGUGGAAGAGGAAGAGAAAGUGCCUGUGAGGCCCAAGGACCCUGAGGGGGUUCCUCCUCUCCUGGUCUCUCAACAGGCGAAACGGGAGGAGGAGCGCAGCCCAGCUGCCCCACCACCUCUGCCUACCACCUCCUCUGGCAAGGCUGCAAAGAAACCCACAGCUGCAGAGGUCUCUGUUCGAGUCCCUGGAGGGCCGGCCGUGGAAGGGGGACACGUGAAUAUGGCAUUCUCUCAGUCCAACCCCCCUUCGGAGUUGCACAAGGUCCACGGAUCCAGAAACAAGCCCACCAGCUUGUGGAACCCAACGUACGGCUCCUGGUUUACAGAGAAACCCACCAAAAAGAAUAAUCCUCUAGCAAAGAAGGAGCCACACGAGAGGGGUAACCUGGGGCUGGAGGGAAGCUGUACUGUCCCACCUAACGUUGCAACUGGGAGACUUCCGGGGGCCUCACUGCUCCUAGAGCCCUCUUCGCUGACUGCCAAUAUGAAGGAGGUACCUCUGUUCAGGCUACGUCACUUCCCUUGUGGGAAUGUCAAUUACGGCUACCAGCAACAGGGCUUGCCCUUAGAAGCCGCUACUGCCCCUGCAGCUGGUCAUUACGAGGAUACCAUUCUGAAAAGCAAGAAUAGCAUGAACCAGCCUGGGCCCUGAGCUCGGUCACACACUCACUUCUCUUCCUUGGGAUCCCUAAGACCGUGGAGGAGAGAGAGGCAGUGGCUCCUUCACAAACCAGAGACCAAAUGUCACGUUUUGUUUUGUGCCAACCUAUUUUGAAGUACCACCAAAAAAGCUGUUUUGAAGUACCACCAAAAAAGCUGUAUUUUGAAAAUGCUUUAGAAAGGUUUUGAGCAUGGGUUCAUCCUAUUCUUUCGAAAGAAGAAAAUAUCAUAAAAAUGAGUGAUAAAUACAAGGCCCAGAUGUGGUUGCAUAAGGUUUUUAUGCAUGUUUGUUGUAUACUUCCUUAUGCUUCUUUUAAAUUGUGUGUGCUCUGCUUCAAUGUAGUCAGAAUUAGCUGCUUCUAUGUUUCAUAGUCGGGGUCAUAGAUGUUUCCUUGCCUUGUUGAUGUGGACAUGAGCCAUUUGAGGGGAGAGGGAACAGAAAUAAAGGAGUUAUUUGUAAUGACUCAGCAUGGGGAAAGACAUUCUUUACUCGAAAAAGAAAAAAUCAUAGACAACUGAAAUGUCACUUUAGGUGACGGUUAGAUGCUUUUAAUUGUGCUGAUUCAUCACCAAUUGUAAAAAAUGUCGUGAGUAGUUCCAGUAGUAUAGCAGAAGUGUGUAUAUACUCAUCUAAAUGAAAUGCAUACAUUCCAAGUGCUUUGAGCAGGAUAAAGCACCAAUACAGAUCCAGAGAUUCAAACAUCCUAUUAAAUAUACCUCAUGCCUUAAGAAAAUCCUCCUACUAGAAGUGAAAAACUGAGUGUGAGGUUUCCUACUGGAUUUAAAACUCAAGAUUUAAAGUACUUAUUUAAAAAAUUUCCACUAAUUAAAUUUUGAUCAUUUAAAAGCAAAAAUUUUAAGCAGCAGUGAUACAUGGAAGCAUAGAAACAUAUCCAUUUGUGGGCAUAAGCGUCAAUACAUUUUAGGCCAAAACCUUCUAUUCGUUUCAGUCACGGAAUGACUACCAAACUCAAGUUUGUACCUGUAGAGAUGGACAGGGCCCCGGGAGGAACAGGCCGCUGGUGGUCCUAAGGAGAGGCACUGAUCCAGUCUCUUUCCUUUCACGGUUAACCUGCGUUUUCUCUCCCUUCAUCAUGUGAUCCAAGUACACUGGGAACAUAAAUGUGCUGAAAUACACAUCGCAUAAUUUGUAUAGCUGUCAAAGGCAGAUUAAAACAAAGAAUUUUUUCACUAGGAGGCGAUGAGGAAAGGAAUUGUGGAACCCUUGGAGAGUUGAGGUUGACAUUGACAUGUUAGAGUGGGAGUUCUGAACUUGGUUUUCACAGAUGAAUUUUACUUCCAUGAAAACGCAUUGGGAAUCUGUUUUAAUUUUACACACAUACUUAUGUGUGUAAUGCUUAGAAUGCUUUAUCAGUAAGUCCUCAUUUCAUCCUCUUUCUGCUUCUCCUCUAGCCUCAUGCCCACUUUCUUUCCUGUUGGUGGCUACGCCAAAGCAUUCAAGAGGGAAGCAAUUCUCUUUAUUACUUGCUAGUUACUAAACAUUACCAAACAAAAGGACUAUCUGUGUGUAUAUUUAUAAAAAGUACAUAUAUACAUACCUUUUUCUGACCCUCUCAGUUUCACCUGCGUCAAAAGCAUCACUUUCAGCGUGGGAAAGCCAUUAUGUUAAAAGCCAACACCAGACAACUCUUCCUUACUCUGAAGGCAGUUGCCUUUCCCUGGAGUUAGGAGUGUACAUCUGUAAAAGCACUGAUGGCUAGAGGCUACUUUCCUUAUCUGCUUAACUGCCAAAAAUAUUUUCAUCAGAGAUGCAUGAAGAUGAAACAUCAAUGAACUCAUCUCUAAAUAAAUGUAUCGGUAAAAUUCUGGUUCAUGCCAGGCACAAAAGUAGCCUAAUCACAUACACAUUAUUUAACUCACUCAUAGACCACCUGAAGGGGCUCAAGAAUAUCACUUUGAGAAACACUCUUCCUAAAGGAUACUGACAGAGGAGUUGUCAAUAACUGAGAAAAACACCUCCAUUUUAGAUUUGUAACAUCAGUAACCAAUUAAGCUGGGAGUAAGCUAUCUGGUUAAAUAGCCAUCUCUUUAUUGUUAUUCAUGGGGAAAAUAUUACUUCUUUCCACUUUUAAGAACUACAAAUCCAUUACAUUUUCAGGUUGUGCCUUUCUACCACUGAGAUUGAUUUGUUGAUCUCUCUAAUCGUCCUUAUUGGUAUCAACUUUCAUGUAAAUAAUAGUCAAGUCUUAAAAGCUUGUAUACAUGGAUAAGUAAAUAAACAACUCCACACUGAGAUGCGA